GAGCCACGCCUACCUGAGGAGGAGCUGAGGUGGCGGUGACAGUGCCGCGCCGGACGCCGGAUUUAGUGGAGGUGUUAGUCGUCCUGCACGCGUAUUCACCACAAGAUGUUGCAAAUAAGAUACCGGUAUUGCUUUUUGCUGCUCGCCCUUCUGUUCACUGCAGGAGGUGUGAGGGCAGAAGAGGAGGAAGCAGCUGGAGGAGAGGCCACAGUAGUUAAUGACCUGGGAUCAGAGAGGGAAGGAUCUCGCACGGAUGAUGGUGCGGUGGCCAGGGAGGAGGAGGCGAUCAAGCUGGAUGGACUGAAUGUGGCACAGAUGAAAGAGCUUCGGGAGAAGGCCGAGAAGCACGCUUUCCAGGCCGAGGUGAACCGCAUGAUGAAGCUGAUCAUCAACUCCCUCUACAGGAACAAGGAGAUCUUCCUGAGAGAGUUGAUCAGUAAUGCCUCAGAUGCCCUGGACAAGAUUCGCCUGCUGUCCCUCACUGACAAGGAGGAGCUUAACACCAACCCUGAAAUGGUCAUCAGAAUUAAGGCUGACAAGGAUAACCACGUCCUGCACAUCACUGACACGGGUAUUGGCAUGACCCGCAAUGACCUGGUGAACAACCUGGGCACCAUUGCUAAGUCCGGCACCUCUGAGUUCUUCUCCAAGCUGCAGGAUUCUGAAAGUGCUGACCAGGCCAACGACUUGAUUGGUCAGUUUGGUGUUGGCUUCUACUCUGCCUUCCUGGUGGCGGACCGCGUGGUGGUGACGUCCAAGAACAACGCAGACAAGCAGCACAUCUGGGAGUCUGAUUCUGCUGAGUUCUCUGUGGUGGAGGACCCUCGUGGUGACACCUUGAAGAGAGGAACAACGGUGUCUCUGCACCUGAAGGAGGAAGCGUAUGACUUUGUGGAGGUGGACACUGUGAAGACUCUGGUCAAGAAAUACUCGCAAUUCAUUAACUUCCCCAUCUACUUGUGGGAGUCCAAAACUGAGGAGGUGGAGGAGCCUUUGGAUGAGGAUGAGGUGGAGGAAGACAAGGUGGAGGAAGAUGAGGAAGGAAAGGUAGAGGAGGAGAAAGAGGACAAACCCAAGACGAAGAAGGUCUCCAAAACAACAUGGGACUGGACUCUGGUGAAUGACGCCAAGCCCAUCUGGACCAGGAAGCCGGCGGAGAUCGAGGACGAGGAGUACAACGAAUUCUACAAGACUUUGAGCAAGGACUCAAAGGAUCCGCUGGCCAAGACUCACUUCAUUGCCGAGGGUGAGGUGACCUUCAAGUCCCUGCUGUUCAUCCCGGAGGUGCAGCCCAGCGAGUCCUUCAACAAGUAUGGCACACGCACAGACAACAUCAAGCUGUACGUGCGUCGCGUCUUCAUCACCGACGACUUCCAGGACAUGAUGCCAAACUACCUCAACUUUGUGCGCGGUGUGGUGGACUCGGAUGACCUGCCCCUCAACGUUUCCCGAGAGAACCUACAGCAGCACAAGCUCCUGAAGGUGAUCAAGAAGAAACUGGUACGCAAGACCCUAGACAUGAUCAAGAAGCUGGAGCCUGAGGAUUAUGAGAAGUUCUGGAAGGAGUACUCCACUAACCUCAAGCUGGGAACCAUUGAAGACUCGGCCAACCGCACUCGCCUUGCCAAGCUGUUGCGCUUCCUCUCCUCCUCCUCUGGGGACAAGAUGACCUCUCUGUCUGAGUAUGUGGAGCGCAUGAAGGAGAAGCAGGAACACAUCUACUACAUGGCUGGUUCUUCCAAGGCUGAGGUUGAGAACUCUCCCUUCGUGGAGCGGCUCCUGAAGAAGGGGUACGAGGUGCUGUUCCUGACGGAGGCCAUCGAUGAGUACGCCAUCAACGCCAUCCCAGAGUUUGAGGGCAAGAAGUUCCAGAAUGUAGCCAAGGAGGGUCUGACCAUUGAUGAGGGUGAGGGAGCCAAGGAGCGCCUGGAGGAGCUGAAGAAGGUGUUCGAACCUCUCACCAAGUGGCUGAGUGAGGACGCACUCAAGGACGAGAUCAUGAAGGCUGAGGUUGGGGAGAGGCUGUCAGGCUCCCCGUGUGCCCUGAUCUCCUCUAAGUUUGGAUGGACUGGCAACAUGGAGAGAAUUGUGACCUCACAGACACAUGCCAAAGCUAAUGAUGUCCAGCGCAACUACUACCUGAGCCAGAAGAAGACCCUGGAAAUCAACCCUCGCCAUCCUCUUAUCAAGGAAUUGCUGCGCCGUGUGGAGUCUGACCCUGCAGAUGAGAGGGCCAAGAACAUUGCUGAGAUGAUGUUCCACACAGCCACACUGCGCUCUGGCUACAUGCUGAGGAACACAGUUGAUUUCUCCAAGUCUGUGGAGGAGAUGAUGCGACAGACAUUGGGCAUUGCUGUGGACGAACCAGUGGAGGAGGAGCCAGAGUAUGAGGAGGCUGAAGAAGAUGAGCAACUGCUGGAGGAGGAUGAGGAUGAGGAUGACGGAGGUGAGGUGGAAGAAAUGCACGACGAAUUGUAAAUGUUGAUGGACGUAAAUCUUUCCCCCAUUCCUUCCCCUCCAUCCUCUCUCCCACUCAUUGGUGCAAGACUGGGCAGAAGAGACCAAUCAAACAAGUAUAAAGGUUGCAACAUGCAGCUUGGGUAUUUGAGAUAAUGGUGCCAUCAGGGUGUUGAGUAAAUUCUUUAUUAUUUUUUUAAAUAUGGGAUGCAUAGUUUGUGGUGACUUUUUUUUAUAUGGUAUGUAAUUCAGUUUUGUUUUCAUGUUAAUGUAUUCUGCUGGAAGAUCUGUGAGGCGCUUGAGUGAGGAAAUCCUUUGCACUUUUUUUCCACUCACUGCUGUGUUGUACGGAGUUGAGGCAUUCAUUCACUGACUACUAUUGCUGCUCCUCUGUGUGCUUGUGAAUUGAGCAGUGAGACGAGCAGCUUCUGUUUCAUACCUAGCCAAUAGUCACGCGCUACCAUGAAUGAAUUUGUACGUAUAUGUGUAAGUGGGUGAAGAACAUUCCUGUCCUUGUUUAAUAAGGACUGGUUGUCGUAUGAGAGAAUUCAUAUCAUUUUCAUAAUAAAAUGUAAUGGUUC